UGCAUUCCCAAAUAUUUUCCUAACUCUUUGGUUCCCUUUAUACCGAUUUUCCUGGUUAUGGAGUCCGCUAAAUACCGGUGCACAUUCUCAGAGAAAAAGAUUAGAGAUUUCUCUAGACUUACUUUUUGUCCUGAAGCUCCACAAAAUCUCUCCAGCACCAGUCUUUGAAGCUAAAUUAGAAGAUUCAAUUCUUAAUAUUUAUUUUCCCUAUACACCAAAGUCAGUCCACAACAUUCGCUUUUCAGUUACAAAAAAAAAAGCAUCCGUAAAGACAGAUUUAUUCCAAACCAAUUGUCAUUACUACCAAUACAAAGAUUAUUGAGUAACCAUUCAGAAUCUGCAUUAAAUCAGACUAACAGUUGGGAAAACAUGUCAUUUAUUGCAGAAGCGUACUUUUGAUUCACAUUAGUUUCAGACAAAGAUUUAAAACAGAGAAAGAUUCUUGUAGUACUAUGACAAGCGUGACUUUUGUACGCAAAAUCAGAACAUGUUGAUAAAAACCGUUCAUUCCAUACUGACAACGCUAGAAAACAAUUCAACCUACUAAACCGCGUGAUAAAAUCUCCACAACAAACAGAUUGAAGAAUGGGAGCAUCAGUUUUAAAAAGCUCGAUUUAUAUAAUCCGCAUGGUUUAUCGGAAGCACCGUUGUAGUGCAAAAAAAAAAUCAUCAUAUGCUCCCAUUCCUUCAAUAGAUUUUCAAAUCAAAAUAAAAAGUAUUACAUUCUGAAAAUCAGAAGUUAAGCAAAUCAAAAAAAUACGUAGCCUACAACAAAGCACUUGGAGAUCGCUGUCUCCAAGCUAACCAGCUAAAUCUUUAUUUUCUAGGCAACGACUCCCUGAAGCCCUAGUUUGAGUUUGGUUAUCGAAUAACUCGGUUCAUAUGGGCCACAGUAAGAUUUUAAUUGGGCCGGGCCAUAUAUCAUGGGCUAAUGCUUAUCCUCAUUACAAACACGUGUUAACAAGUAUACUUUUCACCUUUUCACCUGCGGUUCGACUAGUUCGAUUCACUAACCCGGUGAUCGGAAUCAAAGAUCCGGUCGGAAGUUCGAAGCUCGAAAUUCACAUGAUCGGGUUCCGUAGAACAAUUACUUUGUCGGAGAUUCGCAGGUUUAAACGCUUUGGACAAUGUUACUUUUCCGUUCGAACCGCUGCGUCUGCAUUGGAAUGGUCGGAAUCGAUUAUCCCGAGCUUAGACUCUCACACUUACGGCAAAUUACUCCGCCGCUGCAUUGGUCAAAACGACCCGAUCUCAACGAAGGCUAUCCACUGCGGCGUCGUCAAGCGAGGCAUCUGCUUAGACCUCUUCGCUUCAAACAUUCUCCUCGAUGCCUACGUCAAAGCAGGUUUCGCGAAAGAUGCCUUGAACCUGUUCGACGAAAUGCCUGAGAGAAACCACGUCUCGUACGUCACUCUCAGUCGAGCCAACGCGUGCGAAGAUCCCGUUGGUCUUUACACCAGGCUGCAUCGAGAAGGUCACGAGCUUAAUCCGCACGUGUUCACUUCCUUCUUGAAAUGGUUCGUCGGUGUAGACAAAGCUGAGAUCGGUUGGUGGUUGCAUUCUUUUAUAGUUAAGCUCGGUUUCACCUCCAAUGCUUUCGUCGGAGCUGCUCUUAUCAAUGCCUACGCCGUCUGUGGCGAUGUUGAUAGCGCGAGAAGUGUCUUUGAGGGGAUUUUGAGGAAGGACGUUGUUGCUUGGGCUGGGAUUGUCUCUUGCUAUGUGGAGAAUGGGUUCUUGGAGGAUUCUCUUAAACUGCUUUCUCGCAUGGGGAUGGAGGGUCUCAUGCCCAACAACUACACUUUUGCUUGUGCUUUAAAGGCUAGCAUUGGGCUAGGCGAGUUUGAUUACGCCAAGAGCGUUCAUGGGAGAAUCUUGAAAACGUGUUACGAGUUAGACCCUCGUGUAGGUAUUGGUUUGCUUCAGUUGUAUACGCAGCUUGGAGAUAUGUCUGAUGCUCUCAAAGUAUUCAGCGAGGUGCCGAAGAGUGAUGUGGUGCCUUGGAGUCUUAUGAUUGCUCGUUUUGGUCAGAACGCGUAUUGUGACGAGGCGGUUGAUCUGUUUAUCCGAAUGAGGCAAGCUUUCGUUGUUCCCAACGAGUUUACUUUCACCAGUAUCUUGAACGCGUGUGCCAUCGGAAAGUGUUACGCCUUAGGAAAGCAAAUUCAUGGUCUUGUGGUGAAAGGUGGGUUCGAUUUGGAUGUCUAUGUCUCGAAUGCUCUUAUUGAUGUGUACGCCAAAUGUGAGAAAAUGGAUACCGCUGUGAAGUUAUUUGCUGAGUUGUCAAAUAGGAAUGAGGUGAGCUGGAACACGAUCAUUGUCGGGUAUGCAAAUCUAGACGAGGCAGAAGAAGCUUUAAGCUUGUUUCGUGAAGCCCUGAGAAAUCAGGUGUCGGUAACUGAAGUGACUUGCUCAAGUGCUAUUGGAGUUUGUGCUUCUUUGGCAAGCAUGGAGCUAGGUGCCCACGUUCAUGGGCUGGCGAUAAAAACUAACAAUGCCGAGAGAGUUGCAGUGAGCAACUCAUUGAUAGAUAUGUAUGCAAAAUGUGGUGACAUCAAACACGCACAAUCUGCGUUCGAAGAGAUAGAAACCAAAGACGUACCUUCUUGGAACGCGUUGAUCUCAGGGUAUUCCACACAUGGGCUGAGCAGAGAGGCAUUGAGAAUCUUCGACGUUAUGAAGGAGAGUGAUUGCAAGCCAAACGCGUUAACGUUUCUUGGCGUUCUUUCCGGAUGCAGCAAUGCAGGAUUAAUAGAUGAAGGUGUGGAAUGUUUUGAGUCGAUGAUUCGAGAUCACGGCAUUGAACCACGUUUGGAGCAUUACACGUGCAUGGUCAGGCUUUUGGGAAGAUCAGGGCAGCUCGAGAGGGCUAUGAAGCUGAUCGAAGGGAUCCCAUAUGAGCCUAGCGUUAUGAUCUGGCGGGCAAUGCUCAGCGCCUCGAUCGAUCAGAACAAUGUGGAGCGGGCAAUGCUCAGCGCCUCGAUCGAUCAGAACAAUGUGGAUUUUGCAAGGAGAGCAGCAGAGGAAAUACUAAAGAUCGAUCCAAUGGAUGAGGCGACGUAUGUUCUGUUAUCAAACAUGUACGCAGGUGCAAAGGAAUGGGCAAACGUUGCCUCCGUUAGGAGAAGCAUGAAGGAGAGAGGUGUAAAGAAGGAACCUGGCUUAAGUUGGGUAGAACAUCAAGGAGGCGUGCAUUACUUCAGUGUGGGAAGGUUAUCGCAUCAUCCGGAUAUGAAGCUUAUAAAUGGGAUGCUGGAGUGGCUUAACAUGAAAGCAAAACGAGCUGGCUAUGUUCCUGAUAGGAAGGCCGUCCUGCACGAUAUGGAUGGUGAAGAGAAGGAUAAGAGAUUGUGGUUUCACAGCGAGAGGUUGGCUCUUGCGUUUGGGCUCGUUCGAAUGCCGUUAUCAAGAAAUCGCAUAUUGAUCAUCAAGAAUCUAAGGAUAUGCUCUGAUUGCCACAGUGCUAUGAAAGUGAUAUCGAGUAUAGUUCAGCGAGAUCUUGUCAUCCGAGAUAUGAACCGGUUCCAUCAUUUUCAUGAUGGAGUUUGCUCUUGCGGUGACUACUGGUGAAUGGAAGGAGACAGAGAAUAUAGACACAAAUUUCAACAUUUUUUUUUUUUUUUUUGAUCAAACACAAAUUUCAACAUUUUUUGUCUCAUUAUUUAGGGAUAUUACAACAAAGUCUGAUAAGCUUAUUGGACAUGACAAGGUACAGCGUAUACUUAAGAGGUUAACUACACGGAUAAAGGAAAGCGAAGAGCUUAACCUUGGGACUUGGAUUCACAAGCCUAGAGACUAGAGAGCAUAACAUCUAACAACGAUGAUAUACAGAAUUUCUACAGACUGUGCAGCUCAACUUGAAGAUA